GACACAGCAGAUCACCGAUCAAUGGAAAGAGCCGAAGAUGUCGGCUCGGUCAUGUGAUCAGCUGUGUUCAAUCACAGCUGAUCACAUAGGGGACAUGUGCACUGAUCAUCAGGGCACUGAUGAUUUGUGUAGCCCCAGCAGUGCCACCUGUCAGUGUCUAUCAGUGUCAGCUGUCAGUGGUCAUCCAUGCCACCUGCCAGUGCCACAUCAAUGCCACAUAUCAGUGCCCAUCUGAGCAGCCUUUCAGUGUCACCCAUCAGUGCCAGUCAGUGCCACCUAUCAAUGCCAGUCAGUGCCUCCUAUCAGUGCUGCCAAUCAGUGCCAGUCAGUGCCAGUCAGUGCCGUCAAUCAGUGUGCAUUAGUGCCGCCUAUCAGUGCCAUAUAUGAGUGCUGCCUAUCAGUGCCACCUACCAGUGCCUCCUCAUCAGUGCCACCUAUCAGUGUCCAUCAGUGCAGCCUAUCAGUGCCCAUCACUG